AUGUCCCCGUCUCCACCUUCAUCACAUAAAAGACAAAAUCAAACUGCACAACAAUCACUCAUCAAUACACAUUCAUUGAAGCAACCAUCAUCAUUGAUUUCUUCAAACAAUACUAAUAAACGAUAUCGUCCUUCACAAAGUCUAUCAUUAACACGUACAAAUAAUUUUCAACAUGUUCGACAAUAUCCUAUGAAAUUAGAAAUAUUUAAGCCUUCAAGUACAAAUAAUCGAGAAUAUGAAAAACAAACUACCAUAAUACGAAAUUAUGACUAUGAAAUUCAAAAUCGACAACGUUCAUCAUCAGAAAAUAAAAAACAACAAUAUAAAAAUGAUUUUAAUAUGGAACAAGAAUAUUUACGUUGUUUAAAUGAUGUAAAAAAUGAAUAUGAAAAUUUACAACGAGAAAAAAAAUCUUUUGAUAAUCGAAAAAAUAAAACUACAUAUGAAACAACAAAACAAUAUGAAAAUGUUGAAAAAACUUAUCAUCAUCAUCAUCAUCAUCAACCAAGAUCAAUAAAUAAAAUUCAAAAUAAUAUUUCAAAUCAAACAGAAACUAAUAAUACUUGUCAACGUUCAUUAUCUGAAACUUUACUUCAUAAAAAUUUCAAACCAAUAAUAAAAACAGAUAUAACAUUAAGUGAUGAAAAUUUAAAAGCAAUGGAAUAUUGUCUUCAACAUCAACAACGUUUAAUAAAACCUAUUCAUAUUCAUUCAUCAGCAAAUUUUAUUCCAGGUGAAAGAAGUAUUAAAUAUGUUCAUACGGAACGUUCACCUGUUGAAAUUAUUCUACCAAAACCUCAAAUCACAAAAACACAUGAAGAACAUACGUCAGCAAUAGUUAAAGAUAUUCGAAAUACAAAUCGUGGAACAAUGACAACUAUUCAUCAAAAACCACGAUCACGAUCUAUUGAAGGUGAACGUGAAUUACGUAUUUUUCAAAAACCAAUUGAAACAUUACCUAUUGAACAAUUGUCAACAAAUGUUAUUAAAUCAAAAACAAGUGAUCAUUUGCAUACAUUCAAUUUGAAUAAUACAUUAACACGUCAACGUACACUUUCGGGUGAAUAUAAAUUUCGUAGAAUACCCGAACCAAUGCAAACAAAUUUAUAUAAUCAACAAGUUAAUUUAUUAUUUCCUAAAUCAACACAUCAUUCAUCAACAAUAGUUAAACAAAAUCGUAUACCUAAAUCAAGUAUUGUUCUUGAUAAUAUACAAACAAAAUUAAAAGGUGAACAUGACUUACGUUUAGUUGAUAAACCAAUACAAGCAGGUCCAAGUAAUAGUGUAGAAUUAGUUGUACCAAAAUCUAUAACAAAAAUACCUGAACAUACAACAACAAUUGUUACGGAACAACAACCACAUAGACGUGUUUUACAAGUAACUGGUAGUGGAAAAAAACAAAAAAGUGAACAUGAAACAAAAUAUUUUCAUGAUACUGUUCGUAUUGAAGAAGAAAUUGAAGUUAAAUUACCAAAAACAAAACUUGAACAAGUUGAACAUUCAGCAACAAUUAUUAAACAUAAUCGUGGUAAAGCACCUAUUAUUGAAAUUGAUGCAACACAAAAAAAAAUUGAAGGUGAACAUUUAAUAAAAAUUUUAAACGAACCAAUUGAAACAACACCUGAUACAAUGCAAUUAUUAGUUAAAAAACCUAAAUUAUCAGCUGAAUAUAGUACAACAAUGAUCAAAGAACAACAUAAGCAACAGCAGCAAAUAUUAACAACUGAUCGAACACAACCAAUACCUGCUGAACAUCAAACAAGAUAUCAUGAUCGACCUAUUGAAUCAUAUGAGAAAAUGGACGUUUCAUUUUCUCAACAACAACCUAUGCAUAGAAAACCAUUUAUUUAUGAUGAUCGUCGUAAUGAAAUACUUCAUCAACAUUCUUUAACUCUAAUUGAUAAUUCAAAUUACAAAACUGAUAAAGGAACUGAAUUAAUAUCAUCAAAACAACCAAAAGGACGGUUUGUUGAUCAUUAUAAAUCGGCUAAUGACCAUAAUGAAAGGUUUGUUUCAUCAACCAUUAAUGAAGAAGAAACAAUUAGUGAACAUAAAACAACAUAUCUUAAACAAACACAUCCUAAAUAUGGACCUGUUGAAUUAGUUGUCGAUCGACCAACAAUAUUACCAAGUGUAUCAAAAUUAAUAGCUGAUAUUCCAGCAUUACCACAAAUAACAUCAAUAAAAUCAACAGAAAUUCUUUCAUCAGAAAAUAAUUCAAUAGAAUUCAAUAGUAAUAGUUAUAAAUCCUAUGAACAAUAUGAUGAAAUGGAAAUUAUUGAUGAAAAACCAUCUAUACACGAUAGUUCAAAAAUAUUAAUAACUAAUAUUCAACCAUCAAAACCUACUCCAUAUCUACAACAACCAAUUGAAGAUUCUAGUACAAGUUUAACUAUGGAAUUAAAUCGAAAUCAACAAAUAGAACCAUUUGAAUUAAUUAUACCACGUAUUGAUAUGGAAUCAUCGACAAGUACAAUACUAGCUGAUGUAUCACCGGUAAUUGCUGGUUUACAUGCUAAAAUUGAUAUACCAUCAAAUAUUGAAAAAUUAACAUCAAGUUAUAUAUUUGAACAAACAAAACCGUUAAAUAAUGAAAUUGAAUUAAUUAUGCCAAAACCAAAACAUAUUGAAACAAGUACAUCAACAAUGAUAGCUGAUGUACAAGCUAAACUUGAAACAAAAGAUAUACGUCCAAAUGAAAUUCAACCUGAAACAUCAACAACAACAUAUUAUUUUGAUAAAACAAUUGAUACGAUUAUACCAGAACCUGUUGAAUUACGUAUGAAACAACCAAUUAUAGGUGAUAGUUCAACAACAGUUAUUGCUAAAGUUGCAUCACCUUUAGAUACAAAACCAAUUCAACUACAUACGAAUACCUAUCGACCAUUAGAACAUAGUUUAUCAACUAUGCCAUAUGAAACAAUAUUUCAACAAAAUCAAUCAUCCAAUAUUGAGUCUAUUCUUUCGCGUCCACAAACCCAAGAGAGUACAUCUAUCACAUUAACUGAUAUUCAACCAACAUUUAAUACAUCACAAAAAUAUAUUAUUGUAGCACCACCCCUUGAAAAUCCUUUAGAAUCGAGUAGUCAAAUGAUUUUAGAAGAAAAUAAUAUAGAAACAGAAACAGUAGAAUUAAAUUCAUAUCAACAAUCGAGUUCACAUACACCUUUGGCUAAAUUAGAUGAUACAUCGAGAGAAAACGAAGUAAUGUAUGUUUUAGGUUUUGAUAAUCAACAACAACAACAACAACAAUAUGCUCCAUCAACAAUUCUUGCUAAUUUAAAUAAACCAGUGGAAUUCGUCUUUAAUGUUGAAAAUGAUAAUACAUCAGAGAUAUCUCAACAAUAUCGACAAGAUUAUAGUACAAGAAUGGUAACAAGUGCUAUGGAUCGAAUUACUAAUGGUGCAACAUCAAAUACAGAAAUUGUACCAACUCAAUUUAAACCAAUUGAAUUUAUUGUAUCAGGUGGUUUAACUGGAUAUAAUAAUGCAGUUGAACAAUAUACAACUGGUGAUGAUGGUAGUUAUACAACAACAACAACGACAACAAAACGAAUAAUAACAUCAUCAGAUAAACCAGGAUAUGAAACAAUAAAUCGAUCAGUUGUACGUGGUAUAAGACCAUUUGAUCAAGUUGAUUUAGUUUUACAACCUGAUACUUCAAUAUCAUCAACAUCAUCUAAAAUUUUAACAACAAGUGUUGGUUUAGAUUCAAAUCAUGCGCCAUAUUUUGUUCUUUCAUUACGUGAUCAAACAGCAAAAGAAGGUGAAUCUGUUCUUUUUGAAGUUAUUGUCUCUGCUCAACCAUCAGCUGAAAUUGUUUGGGAUAAAGAUGGUACAUUAAUUGGAGAUGAUUCAGCAUUUCGUAUUGAUUAUUAUGGUGAUGGUCGUGCAACACUUUAUAUACCUGAAGCAUUUUUUGAUGAUCAAGGUUACUAUACAUGUACAGCAACCAAUUCAUUGGGUACAUGUCGUACAACAGCACGUCUUACAAUGGAUUCAGCUGCUGGUAUAUCACCAAAACGUCGUCCUUUAACUGAUUCAUCAAUGGUUUAUUAUGAACAAGGACCAACACAAGUCAUAAGAUCCUAUCAAGUUUAUUCACAACCAUCAACAACAAUAACAGAAGUUACAGAACAAACACAAGUUUAUGAAAUACCAGGUCAACAACAACAACAGCAAAAUCAAAUAACAUAUACAAUUGAAGGAACACAACCAAAAUUUCAACCAGUUUCAUUUCUAGUUUCAACUAGUGAAGAAAAUCAACAACCAACAACAAGAACAAGAAUUACAACUGAUGAAGAAAAUCAAUCAAUAACAUUUAGUCCAUAUCAAAAUUUUAUUAGUCAAUUACGUACUCGACCUAAUCAAGGUGUUUUACCAUCGUAUGGAGAUGAAACUAGAACAACAACAACUACUACUGUAUACUCUCAACAACAACAACAACAACCACGUAGUAGUGGUCUUAUUGCAACUGUGGCUAAACAACCAGGUCCAGCAAUUACUCAGUAUCAACAAUCCUAUUCUCAAGAACUUGAGGAUAUGCAAACAGAAUCAGAAACAUCAAUGGUUCGUGCUAUUCGUUCAACACAACAACAACCUACUUCAACUUCAUAUAUUUCUACACGACCUACCUUUACAAAACCUUUGGAACCUAUCAAUGCACUUGAAGGUGGAACUAUACAAAUAACGGUACAUUUAACUUCUGUUGGUCCUCAUCAAACACGACCACAGAUUCAAUGGUAUCAUCAUGCUCAACCCAUUGUAUCAGAUGAUAUACAUUAUCGUAUCAUUGAAGGAUAUGAAACAUCAACAUUAGAAAUAAUUAAUAUUACAAAAGGUGAUAGUGGUCAAGUAUGGUGUGUUGCUAAUACUCCAGCUGGAUCAGCAACAACAACAUGUACUAUUAAUGUUGAAGAAAAUCCUGUUCGCACUUAUCAUCAUAUAAUACCAUCACAACAAGUCGUGCCACAAGAAACAACUUAUGGUGUUCAAUCGACUCAUUUAACUCAUGCACAAAUUCCUCUUCAUCAUCAACAACCAGAACAAAGAGUACCAACUCAAUUUUAUAGCACACAAACAAUAACUCAACAAGAAGUCUCCCCCCAAACGUUUACUACACAAUCAUAUAUUUCUUUUCCAUCUAAACAAAUACCUUCUGAACCAUAUGUUACACAACAAUCUUCUAUUCAAGUACAACAAGUACCAACUCAUCCUGUAACUCCUCAACAACAGCCACCAAUGUCACCUCAACCAUCUGUUCCUCAAGCUCCGGCACUCUUACCUAAUUUUAGUAUUCGACCCGCUUAUUCGGAUCAACAAAUUAAAAUAUUAAAUAAUGGUUUACAAGAUCAACCAUUAUAUCCGGGAGGUGAAACUGUUUUUGAAUGUCAAUUUAGUGGACAACCUGAAAAAAUACAAUGGUUUCAUAAUGAAGUUGAAAUUAUUUAUAAUCCUCAACAAGUAUAUAAUAGAGUUUAUCAUAUAACUAAUAUAGCAAAUGGAACAACUCGACUUAUUAUACGAUCAACAUUAGAGGAAGAUGUUGGAACAUAUUCAGUUAAACUUACUGGACCAAAUAGAGAAGAAACAUCAAGUGCAAAACUUAUAUCAGCUUUACAAUUUCAAAAUAUACAAAAGAAAAAAGUUGAACAAACACAACGAAAAGCACUUGUUCAAGAAAUUGAAGAAAAACAAGUAAAACGUAUGCGACCAUCACAACCAAUAUUACAUCGUGGUAGUUUUCCAUCAUAUGGUACCAGUGAUGAUGAUGUCUUCUAUGAUACGACUCAACGUACUGCUGCUUCGCAUCGACAACCAACAGUACCAACAAUUAAAACUCCUUUAAAAGAUACAAUUGUAAAAGAAGGUCAACCAAUUCACAUUACAUGUCAAAUUCAAGGUUUUCCCAAAUCUGAGCUUUUCUGGUUUAAAAAUAAUGUUCCAUUACCAUUAUCAGCACGACAUAAAAUUGCUUAUGAUGCUGGCAGUGGUACAAUAACAUUACGUAUUCAUGAUUCGCGACCAGAAGAUAGUGGCAUUUAUACAGUCAUUGCAAAAAAUCCUCAAGGUCAUGUACAAACAAGUGCUCAUAUUGAUAUUCAAGAAACACCUGCUAUUGAUGAAACAUCUUAUGUUCAACCCGAUGCAUUUAAAUAUAUUGAAAAACAACCAGUAGCAUCUCGUCCACAAAAACCACGACGAGAAUCGGAUACAACAAAUUUACAACAAAAACCAGCAAAAAUUCUUCGAACACCAUUAAGUACAUCGGUUGUUGAAGGUACUGUUGCACAAUUUACUUGUCAAGUUGAAGGAAAUCCUAAACCAAAAAUUGCUUGGUUAAAAGAUAAUAAACCUUUAAUGUCUGGAACACGUUUUACAACAUAUUUUGAUCAAACAACAAAAACAGCUGUUUUACGUAUAACCGAUGUUUGCAAAGAAGAUCAAGGAUAUUAUACAUGUAUUGUUGAUAACCCAUUAAAUUCGGAUCGAAGUACAGCUACAUUACAAGUUGUUCCAGAAGUAAAAGUCGAUCAACGAUCAUAUGUCGAAACCGAUGCAUUUAAAUAUUUGGCACAAGAAAAUAAACAACGUCUUACAGUUAAUAAAGACGUUGAUCGAAGUACAAGUGGUGUUGAAACUGAAUCAUUUGUCAGUCCAGAAUCAUUUCGUUAUUUAGAAGCUAAAAAACCCACAAAACAAGUUGAUGAUAAUAUAGCAAUUGAUGAUCGACCAAUUGUUGAUCUGGAAGCAAUUCGCUAUUUAGAAGCUCGACAAGCUUCAAAAGUCAAAAAAGAUACUGAUGUUCGAGCAUCUAUUGAUGAUACACCAAUCAUAGCACCAGAUGCAUUUCGAUACUUAGAAAGAAAAACUGAAGCAGCUAAAAUUAAAAAAGAUCAAGACAUAGGUCCAUUAAUUGAUGAAACACCACAAGUUGAUUUAACAGCAUUUCAAUAUUUGGAACGAAAAGGUAUACCAAAAAAAGUCGAAGAAUCAGGACCAAAAAUUGAUGAAUCAUCUAUUGUUAAUCCUGAAGCAUUCAAAUAUUUAGAACGUAAACCAAUAAAAAAAGUUGAAGAUGUUGGUCCAUUAAUUGAUGAAACGCCAAUUGUUAAUCCAAAUGCAUUUCGUUAUUUAGAACGACAAGCUAUACCACAAGUACGUGAUACAGCACCAGCAAUUGAUACAACACCAUUAGUUAAUCCUGAAGUAUUUAAAUAUUUGGAAAGACCUUCAGAACCUACUCGAGUUGAUGAAGGUCCAUCAAUUGAUACUCGACCUAUUGUACCACAAGAAGCAUUUCGUUGGCUUGAUCGUCCAAAACCUGUUGAACGUAUACCAGAAGGACCAGUUGUUGAUGAAAGUUCAUAUGUUAAUAUACAAGCAUUUCGUUAUAUUGAAGCAAAACCAAAAACAAAAGUUAUCGAUGAAGGACCAACAGUUGAUGAAAGUGCAUAUGUUAAUCCACAAGCAUUUCGAUAUUUAGAAGCACCACUGACAAAAAAACAUGUUGAUGAAGGACCUGUUAUUGAUACAUCAACAUAUGUUAAUCCAGAAUUGUUUGCACAUUUUGAACUGAAACCAGCUCCUCAAAAACCAACUGAUGAUCGAGAAAUCAAGCGAGUACCAAGAGUUAUUCAACCAUUAAGAAAUACACAAGCUAAUGAAGGAAAACCUAUUGCAUUAGUUGCUAUUGUUGAUGGUUAUCCAGUACCACAGUUAACAUGGCUUAAAGAUGGUGCUGAAUUACCAGCGUCAACUCGUGUAACAACAAAUUAUGAUAUUCCAUCAAAAACUGCAUGGAUACGUAUUGAUAGUGUUCGACCGGAUGAUACUGCCGUCUAUACAUUAAUAGCUCAUAAUCCAGCUGGUGAUGUCCGAAGUGAUGCUCGUCUUAAUGUUGUACCAAGUAUGACACCAAUUGAUGAUACAGCAUUUGUACCAGCUGAAGCAUUUGCAAAAAUUGAACGUGCAACAACAAAACGUCCAAAUAUUCCUGAAACAACAGGUGUUGAUGAUACAUCAUUUAUUAAUCCAGAAUUAUUUCGACAAUUUGAAUUACCACUUAAACAAUCUACAGAAAAAUAUACUGAUGAAGUUGUUAUUCAAGUACCAGCACGUAUAAUAGCACCAUUAAAAUCAAUUCAAGCACCAGAUAAUGUUACAGUAGUUUUAGAAGCUAUUGUUGAAGGUAGUCCAAUACCAACAUUUACAUGGUUAAAAGAUCAAUUACCAUUAAGUGAAAGUAAUCGUUUUAUAACAAAUUAUGAUUUACCUAGUAAACAUGUUACAUUAACAAUAAAAGAUGUACGUGAAAGUGAUACAGGAGUAUAUACAUUAUUAGUAUCAAAUGGUCCACAACUUCAUCAUUCAUCAGCUACAUUACAUAUUAUUGGUGCACCUUCAAUUGAUCAAUCAUCAUUUAUACCUAUGGAUGUUUUUAAACAAUUAGAACAUCCACAAAGUCAACAAAAACAAAUCAUUGUUCAAGCUGGUGUUGAUCAAACAUCAUAUAUUUCACAGCCAGAUCGUUUUGCUGUAUUUGAUCAAAUACUACCGCAUAAACGACCAUUAAAUGAAUUUGGCGGCGUUGAUGAAACACCACUUAUUAAUAUGGAAAAAAUACGUUUAUUAGAAAUUCCAUCAAAUCAAGCUAAACAACCAUAUGAUAUUGAAGAAAAAGUACAGGCACCAAAUGUUUUAGCACCACUUCAACCAAUUGAUGCACAAGAAGGUAGUCCUGUUGUUUUAACAGCAAAAAUUGAUGGUACUCCAAUGCCUAAUUUUACAUGGUUUAAAGAUGAUGCACCAUUAGUUGCUUCAUCGCGUUUUACAACUUAUUAUGAUAUUCCAUCAAAAUUAAUUAUUUUACAAAUAAAUGAUGCACGUCCAAAUGAUACAGGUAUUUAUACUGUACGAGCUGACAAUAAAUCAGGUACUGUAACAACAUCAGCUACGCUUCAUAUAUCAAGUUUACCAUCAAUACGUGAUCAAUCAUUUAUUUCAACUGAUAAAUUUUAUCGUCUUGAACAAGGAAAUCAACCGCGUUUUAUUGAAGAAACAAGUGGUGUUGAUGAACGUCCACUUGUUGAUUUAACUAAAUUACAACAAUUAGAAAUCAAACCAAAUAAAUUUAUUGAAGAAGAACAACCAAUUGAACAAUUUAAACCAAGUAUUCUUAUACCAUUACGUAAUGUUCAAGCUGUUGAAAAUCAACCAGUUGUUUUAUCAGCACAAAUUCAAGGAAAACCACAACCACAAUUCGUUUGGUUUAAAAAUAAUCAACCACUUUCUGAAGGCAAUCGUUUUCGUACACAUUAUGAUAUACCAUCAAAAACAAUAUUUCUUACAAUAGCUGGUGCACGUGAAGAUGAUUCUGCUAUAUAUCGUUUAAUCGCACAAAAUCCAUCUGGACAAGAUGAAACAUCAUGUGAAGUUCAUGUUAAUAUAAAUCAACCAAUUAUUGAUCAACGUUCAUUUGUACCACAAACAGCAUUUGAAAAACUAGAAAAACCUAUGUUAAAACCAAGUGAUGUAACAAGUGGUGUUGAUCAAACAAGUUUUUUUAAUCAAGAAUUAUUUCGUCCAUUUGAUGAACAACCAAUUAAACAUACAUCAGCUAUUGUUGGUGGUGAAGAGAGUGAAGCUGUUAUGCCAAUAACAGCACCAAAAAUAUUUACACCCUUACGUCCAAUAACAACAUCAGAAGGUAAUACAGUUUUAUUAACAGUACAAGUUGAAGGUUAUCCAUUACCACAAUUUACUUGGUUUCUUAAUAAUCAACCAUUAAUGGCAUCAAAUCGUGUUACAUCACAUUAUGAUAUGUUAACAAAGCGUUGUUUUCUACAAAUACUUGAUAGUCGUCCAAGUGAUACUGGUACAUAUGAAUUAAUAGCUGAAAAUCCAGCUGGUCAAGAUCGUACAAAAACAGAAUUAACAAUUGUACCUGUAUCAAAAAUAGAUCAAACUGGUUAUGUACCAUAUGAUAAAUUUUCAACAUUAGAAUUUAAACCACGUAUACCAAGUGAUCUUCGUUCAGGUGUUGAUGCAACACCAUUUGUUAGUGGUGAAAUAUUUCGUUUAUUAGAAGCAAAACAUAUUAAUGAACCAAUUGUACCUGAAGAGGAACAAAAUUUACCAUUAGAAGUUCUUGUACCAUUAAAAUUAGCUGUUGCACAAGAAGGACAACCAGUUAUAUUAACAACUAAAAUACGUGGAAGACCAGUACCACAAUUUACUUGGCUUCGUAAUAAUCAACCAUUAUUAGAAUCAAAUCGUUUUCAAACACAUUAUGAUUUUCCUUCAGAAACACUUGUAUUAGAAAUAAGUGAUAUUUGGCCACAUGAUUCAGGAAACUAUACAGUGAUUGCUCACAAUCCAAAAACAGGUGAACGUGCUGAAACAUCAGCUCCAUUAGUCGUACGUAGCGAUACAACACCUGUUGAUUAUACAGCAUUCGUCGCUCCGGAUGCAUUUCGAACAUUAGAAGCAGGACCAAAUCUACGUACAGUUUUUGUUGAACCAGGUGUUGAUACCCAAAGUUUUCUUACUCCUGAUGUUUUAAAAACAUUAGAUCAAGUAAAACCAAAACCAAUGGAUGUAGAUGAAAAAGAGCAACCACGUAUAGCACCAAAAGUUGUUGUUCAUUUACAACCAAUUAAAUGUAAUGAAGGACAACCAAUUAAUUUUAUAGCUAAAGUAGAAGGCAAUCCUCAUCCAGUGUUUACAUGGUUUAAAAAUGAUCAACCACUUCAAGAAUCAAAUCGAUUUUGGACACAUCAUGAUGUGCCUAGUAAAACAGUUCUUCUACAAAUUAAUGGUGCUCGGCCAGAUGAUAGUGGUAAAUAUGUUCUUGUUGCUAAAAAUCCACUUGGUCAAGAUCAAACACAAACAACAGUCAAUGUUACAUUUGGUCCAGCCAUCGAUACAAAUGCAUUUGUUUCACCAGAAAAAUUUGCUGCAUUUGAUUUACCAUAUACUCGACAUGUUCCAUUACAAUCAGGUGUUGAUACAACACCAUUUGUGCAACCAGAACGCUUUACACAAUUAGAACUUAAAGCACCAGCUCCAACAAAAGAAGAAAUGGAACAUAUGGAAGCGCCGAAAAUUGUUACGCCUUUACAAAGUGUACAAGUUAAUGAAGGUUCACCUGUUCUUCUUCAAGCAACGAUUGUUGGAAAACCAAGACCUAAUUUUGUUUGGUUGAAAGAUAAUGUUCCAUUGGUAGCAGGAAAUCGCCUUCGUACACGUUAUGAUAUUGCUACUAAGCAAGUUUUACUACAAAUUAAUGAUGUUCGUCCACAAGAUAUUGGUGAAUAUGUUGUUAUUGCAACAAAUCCAGCUGGUCAAGAUUCAACAAUAUGUUCAUUAAAUGUCGUACCAGAUAAAAAAGGUGUUGAUGAACGAGCUUUUGUACCACAAGAUAAAUUCCGUAAUUUGGAAGCUCCUGAAGGAAAAGGAAGACGACCAUUAGAAAUAGUACCUGGUGUUGAUGUUCAACCAUUUGUUUCACCAGAAAAAUUCCGUAAAUUGGAUCAUGUUGAACCAGUCGAAAGACCAGAAAGAGAAUUACAAGAACCAAAACGAGCACCACGCGUCCUUGCACCAUUAAGCAAUUGUGACCUAGAGGAACUAAUGCCUGUACUACUAACGACUACAAUUGAUGCUGGAAUGCCAAUGGCUACAUUUACUUGGUUCAAAAAUGGUCAACCACUUCUUGAAGGCAAUCGAUUUACUACCAAAUAUGACAUUUUAACAAAAACAUUGACAUUACAAGUACUUGCUGCACGACCUGAUGAUCAAGGAACUUACACAGUUCGUGUAACAAAUCCUUCUGGUACUGAUGAAACAACAUGUAAACUAACAAUUCGACCAAUUGCUUCAAUCGACACACGACCUUUCGUACAGCCAGAACGUUUUGCACAAUUAGAACUCAAAGCUCCAGCUCCAACAAAAGAAGAUAUGAAACAAAUGGAAGCACCAAAGGUUAUUGUACCUUUACAAAGUGUACAAGUUAAUGAAGGUUCACCUGUUCUUUUUCAAGCAACGAUUGUUGGAAAACCAAGACCUAAUUUCGUUUGGUUGAAAGACAAUAAACCAUUAGCAGCUGGAAAUCGUCUUCGUACACGUUAUGAUAUUGCUACUAAGCAAGUUUUAUUACAAAUCGAUGAUGUUCGUCCACAAGAUAUUGGUGAAUAUGUUGUUAUUGCAACAAAUCCAGCUGGUCAAGAAUCAACAAUAUGUUCAUUAAAUGUCGUACCAGAUAAAAAAGGUGUUGAUGAACAAGCUUUUGUACCACAAGAUAAAUUCCGUAAUUUGGAAUAUCCUGAAGGAAAAGGAAGACGACCAUUAGAAAUAGUACCUGGUGUUGAUGUUCAACCAUUUGUUUCACCAGAAAAAUUCCGUAAAUUGGAUCAUGUUGAACCAGUCGAAAGACCAGAAAGAGAAUUACAAGAACCAAAACGAGCACCACGUGUCAUUUCGCCAUUAAUUAAUUGUGAAUUAGAAGAACUCAUGCCUGUAUUACUUACAACUACAAUUGAUGCUGGUGUCCCAAUGGCCACAUUCACUUGGUUCAAAAAUGGUCAACCACUUCUUGAGGGCAAUCGAUUUACUACUAAAUAUGAUAUUUAUACAAAAACAUUGACAUUACAAGUACUUGCAGCACGACCUGAUGAUCAAGGAACUUACACAGUUCGUGUCACAAAUCCAUCUGGAACUGAUGAAACAACAUGUAAACUAACAAUUCGACCAAUAGCCUCAAUUGAUACACGACCAUUUAUACAACCAGAAUACUUUACACAAUUGGAACUCAAAGCUCCGGCUCCAACAAAAGAAGAUAUGAAACAAAUGGAAGCACCGAAAGUUGUCGUACCAUUGAAAAGUGUACAAGUUAACGAAGGAUCACCUAUUCUUCUUCAAGCUAAAAUUGUUGGAAAACCUACACCUAAUUUUGUUUGGUUGAAAGAUGGUGCACCAUUAGCGGCUGGAAAUCGUCUUCGUACACGUUAUGAUAUUGGUACUAAACAAGUUUUAUUACAAAUUGAUGAUGUUCGUCCACAAGAUAUUGGUGAAUAUGUUGUUAUUGCAACAAAUCCAGCUGGUCAAGAUUCAACAAUAUGUUUACUAAAUGUUUUACCGGAUAAACCAGGUGUUGAUGAUCGAGCUUUUAUUCCUCAAGAUAAAUUCCGUAACUUGGAAGCUCCUGAAGGAAAAGGAAAACGACCAUUAGAAAUUAUACCUGGUGUUGAUGUUCAACCAUUUGUUUCACCAGACAAGUUCCGUAAAUUGGAUCAUGUUGAACCAGUCGAAAGACCAGAAAGAGAAUUACAAGAACCAAAACGAGCACCUCGUGUCAUUGCACCAUUAAGUAAUUGUGACCUAGAGGAACUUAUGCCGGUACUAUUAACAACUACGAUUGAUGCUGGUGUGCCAAUGGCUUCAUUCACUUGGUACAAGAAUAAUAAACCACUCCUUGAAGGCAAUCGAUUUACUACUAAAUAUGAUAUUUUAACAAAAGUUUUAACAUUACAAGUACUUGCUGCACGACCUGAUGAUCAAGGAACUUAUACAGUUCGUGCAACAAAUCCAUCUGGAACUGAUGAAACAACAUGUAAACUAACAAUUCGACCAAUCGCUUCCAUUGAUACACGACCAUUCAUACAACCAGACCACUUUGCACAAUUAGAGCUCAAAGCUCCAGUUCCAACAAAAGAAGACAUGGACCACAUGGAACCACCGAAAGUUAUUGUACCUCUAAAACCUGUACAAGUUAACGAAGGAUCACCUAUUCUUCUUCAAGCUAAAAUUGUUGGAAAACCUACACCUAAUUUUGUCUGGUUGAAAGAUAAUGUUCCAUUGGCAGCAGGAAAUCGUCUUCGUACACGUUAUGAUAUUGGUACUAAACAAGUUUUAUUACAAAUUGAUGAUGUUCGUCCAAACGAUACUGGUGAAUAUCAUGUCAUCGCAACAAAUCCAGCUGGUCAAGAUUCAACAAUAUGUUCAGUAAAUGUCGUACCAGAAAAACCAGGUGUUGAUGAACGAGCUUUUGUACCACAAGAUAAAUUCCGUAAUUUGGAACAUCCAGAAGGAAAAGGACGACGACCACUAGAAAUUAUACCUGGUGUUGAUGUUCAACCAUUUGUUUCACCAGAAAAAUUCCGUAAAUUAGAUCAUGUUGAACCAGUCGAAAGACCAGAAAGAGAAUUACAAGAACCAAAACGAGCACCACGUGUUAUUUCGCCAUUAAUUAAUUGUGAACUAGAAGAACUCAUGCCCGUAAUACUUACAUCUACGAUUGAUGCUGGUGUGCCAAUGGCUUCAUUCACUUGGUAUAAAAAUGGUCAACCACUUCUUGAAGGCAAUCGAUUCACCACUAAAUAUGAUAUUUAUACGAAAAUAUUAACAUUACAAAUUCUUGCUGCGCGUCCUGAUGACAUAGGAACUUAUACAGUUCGUGCAACGAAUCCGUCUGGUAGUGAUGAAACAACAUGUAAACUAACAAUUCGACCAAUUGCUUCAAUCGAUACACGACCAUUCAUACAACCUGAAACCUUUGCACAAUUAGAGCUCAAAGCUCCAGCUCCAACCAAAGAAGAGAUGGAACACAUGGAACCACCAAAAGUAGUCGUACCACUGAAAAGUCUACAAGUUGAUGAGGGAGCACCUGUUCUUCUUCAAGCAACUAUUACUGGAAAACCAAGACCUAAGUUUGUUUGGUUGAAAGAUAAUAAGCCAUUAGCAGCAUCAAAUCGUCUUCGUACACGUUACGAUAUUGCUACAAAACAAGUUUUAUUACAAAUUGAUGAUGUUCGUCCACACGAUAUAGGUGAAUAUGUUGUCGUUGCAACAAAUCCAGCUGGUGAAGAUUCAACAAUAUGUUCAUUAGGUGUUGUACCAGAUAAAACACGUGUUGAUGAGCGACCUUUUGUACCACAAGAUAAAUUCCGUAGUUUGGAAGCUCCUGAAGGAAAAGGACCACGACCAUUAGAGAUAGUACCUGGUGUUGAUGUUCAACCAUUUGUUUCACCAGAUAAGUUCCGUAAACUAGAUCAUGUUGAACCAUCGGCGAAACAAAUCGAAGAAGUACCAGAACCUAAACGAGCACCACGUGUUAUUGUACCAUUAAGUAACUGUGAACUGGAAGAACUUAUGCCUGUGUUACUAACAACUACGAUUGAUGCUGGUGUCCCAAUGGCUACAUUCACUUGGUACAAAAAUAAUAAACCACUACUUGAAGGCAAUCGAUUUACUACCAAAUAUGACAUUCUAACGAAAGUCUUAACAUUACAAAUACUUGCUGCACGACCUGAUGAUCAAGGAACUUAUACAGUUCGUGCAACAAAUCCAUCUGGUAGUGAUGAAACAACAUGUAAACUAACAAUUCGACCAGUAGCCUCAAUCGAUACACGACCAUUCGUAGAACCAGAACGUUUUGCACAAUUAGAGCUCAAAGCUCCAGCUCCAACCAAAGAUGAUAUGGAACAUAUGGAACCACCGAAAGUUAUUGUACCUUUAGAACCUAAACAAGUUAAGGAAGGAUCACCUGUUCUUCUUCAAGCAACUAUUACUGGAAAACCAAGACCUAAUUUUGUUUGGUUGAAAGACAAUCAACCAUUGACAGCUGGAAAUCGUCUUCGUACACGUUACGAUAUUGCUACAAAACAAGUUUUACUACAAAUUAAUGAUGUUCGUCCACAAGAUGUUGGUGAAUAUCGUGUCAUUGCAACAAAUCCAGCUGGUAAAGAUUCGACUGUAGGUUCACUAAAUGUUGUACCAGAUAAACCAGGUGUUGAUGAGCGACCAUUUGUACCACAAGAUAAAUUUCGUAGUUUGGAAGCUCCUGAAGGAAAAGGACCACGACCAUUAGAGAUAGUACCUGGUGUUGAUAUUCAACCAUUUGUUUCGCCAGAUAAGUUCCGUAAACUAGAUCAUGUUGAACCAUCGGCGAAACAAAUCGAAGAAGUACCAGAACCUAAACGACCACCACGAGUCAUUGUACCAUUAAGCAAUUGUGAACUGGAAGAACUCAUGCCUGUGAUACUGACAACAACAAUUGAUGCUGGCGUCCCAAUGGCUACAUUCACUUGGUACAAGAAUAAUAAACCACUACUUGAAGGCAAUCGAUUUACUACCAAAUAUGACAUUCUAACGAAAGUCCUAACAUUACAAGUACUUGCUGCACGACCUGAUGAUCAAGGAACUUAUACAGUUCGUGCAACAAAUCCAUCUGGUAGUGAUGAAACAACAUGUAAACUAACAAUUCGACCUGUGGCUUCUAUUGAUACACGACCAUUCGUUGAACCAGAGCGUUUCGCUCAAUUAGAGCUUAAAGCUCCAGCUCCAACCAAAGAAGAAAUGGAACACAUGGAACCACCGAAAGUAAUCGUACCAUUGAAAAGUUUACGAGUCAAGGAAGGAUCACCUGUUCUUCUUCAAGCAACUAUUACUGGAAAGCCAAGACCUACUUUUGUUUGGUUGAAAGACAAUGGACCAUUAGCUGCAUCGAAUCGUCUUCGUACACGUUAUGAUAUUGGUACUAAACAAGUUUUACUACAAAUUAAUGAUGUUCGUCCACAAGAUGUUGGUGAAUAUCGUGUCAUUGCAACAAACCCAGCUGGUGAAGAUUCAACAAUAUGUUCAUUAAGUAUUUUACCAGAUAAACCAGGUGUUGACGAACGACCUUUCAUUCCACAAGAUAAGUUCCGCGAUUUGGAUCAUCCUGAAGGAAAAGGACGACGACCACUAGAAAUUAUACCUGGUGUUGAUAUUCAACCAUUUGUUCCACCAGAGAAAUUUCAUAAAUUAGAUCAUGUUCCACCAAUGACAAAACCCGAACAAGAAGUAGCUCCAGAAGCAAUGCGGCCACCACGUGUGAUUGUACCAUUAAAUGAUUGUAUAUUAGAAGAAUUAAUGCCUGUGAUACUUACGGCUACAAUCGAUGCUGGAGUACCAAUGGCAUCAUUUACCUGGCAUAAAAAUGGUCAACCACUUUAUGAAGGCAAUCGAUUCACUACAAAAUAUGAUAUUGUAAAUCGAACAAUAACAUUACAAAUUCUUGCUUCACGUCCUGAUGAUCAAGGUACUUAUACAGUUCGUGCAGUUAAUCCCGUUGGUAGUGAUGAAACAACAUGUAAAUUAACAAUUCGACCAGUAGCAUCAAUUGAUACACGACCAUUUGUUGAUGCUGAACAUUUCCGUCCAUUAGAACAUCGUCCUGGAUUAGGUGACAAUAUUGAAGACGAAAAUAAAUUACUUCGUCCACCAAAAGUUCUUGUACCAAUGAAUAAUGUUCGUUUAACAGAAUUUCAACCAAUUGUAUUAAAAAGUAUUAUUGAUGCUGGUUAUCCAAUGGGUAAAUUUACAUGGCUUAAAGAUAAUCGUCCAUUAGCUGAAUCAAAUCGAUAUCGUGCUAAUUUUGAUAUUAAUACACGCACUGCUAUAUUAAUUAUCGAUAAUGCACGUCCAACAACUGAUACUGGACGAUAUACAGUACAUGUUGAAAAUAUUGUUGGUAAAGAUCAAACAACUGGUGAAGUACAUGUUGAAGGUACACCAUCUAUUGAUGAACGACCAUUUAUUGAACCAAGUAAAUUUGGUAAAUUCGAUGCACCAUUACGUGUACCAGGUAUUAGUCCUCGUGGACCAAUUCUUCAACCGGAUGAUUCAUUAAGAAAUCGGGAAAAUCUUGCACCAUGGAUACGAUUAGUUAAAGAACUUGAAGAUCAAAUGAUUGAUGAAACAAAAGUCGUACAACUUAUUUGUGCUGUUGAUGCAUAUCCAGCAGCAACUAUAAAUUGGCUUAAAGAUGAUCAACCACUUGUUGUAUCUCAACGUUUUAUGCCUGAUUAUGAUACUAAAACAGGUAUUGUUCGUUUAACUAUAUAUCCUGUUUAUGCAGCUGAUUCUGGCCGAUAUAAAAUGGUUGCACGAAAUAUUGCUGGUGAAGUUUCAACAAAAUGUAUAUUACGUAUUCAACCAACAGCUAAUAUUGAAGAUCAUCCACUUGCUAAAUUUGCUGGACUUCGUAAAAUACCACAACAACCAUCUGGUCUUGAGCCUUCACAAAAACCAACUGAUUUAACUGAUGGACUAAAACCAUAUUUCAUUAAAGUUCCUGUUGAUCAAGAAGUACCAGAAGGACAAUUAGUACGUUUAGAUUAUAUACCAGCUGGGCGUCCUUAUCCUACUUUAUCGUGGUAUCGUAAUGGUAAACCACUACAACCAGAUGAUGCUGAUCAUCGUGAAGUUGUUAAUGAAGGUGGUGCUCAUUCAUUACUUGUACGUAAUCCACAAUUAGGACCGCCUGUUGAAUAUAAAUGUGUAGCUACAAAUAAAUAUGGUGAAGCAUCAUUUACUGUCAAUCUCACUGUUGUUGAACAUGGCUCAAAUAUUGCUCCUUAUUUUAUUGAACUACUUUAUCAUAUAAUUAUUCUUGAAGGUCAAGAUACACGGCUAGAUGCUUGUGCACAAGGCUUUCCUGAACCAAAAGUUACAUGGGAGAAAGAGGGUCAACCUCUUACUCCAAAUAAAGAAUACAAAGUUGAAACCGAAGGAGCUAAAACUACAUUAUUUAUACGUCAAGCUAAGAUGACCGAUGCCGGUUGGUAUCAAUGUACAGCAACUAGUAUUGCUGGAACAGCUAUUACAAAAUGCAAAGUGACUGUUAUUCCAUUAUCCGAAGCUGGUCAAUAUAUAAAAGACUUACCACAACUUGGACCUGAAACUCUUGGAAGAUUACCAAUUUUACCGGAGGAAGAUAUUCGAUCGAAAUACAUGACUGCUCCAGUUAAAACACCUGAGGUUAAACCUGAAGAAUUAUAUAAAUUACCAAGACGUAUCAAAAGACCGGACUAUCCUGAUGAAGAAGGCAAGAGACGUGGCGGUGGAGUAUUACCUGAUGAAGUUCUAACAGCACUUCAAAUGAAUUUAGAAGAAUUUCCUGAAGAAGAAAUGUAUAGUAAAGAUCGUCCACAACCACCGAAAUUCAAAGUCCAUCUUAAAUCUCAAUUAAACUUAAAUGAAGAUGAUCCAUGUUUAUUUGAAGCUAAAUUAAUACCUGUACGAGAUCCAAUGAUGCGUGUACAAUGGUUUAAAAAUGGAAAAAUUCUUCACCAUGCAUCAAGAAUGAUUCCUCGAUAUGAUUUUGCUGAUGUCUCACUUGAAUUUCUUUGGACAUUUGCUGAAGAUGAUGGAAUCUAUGAAUGUGUUGCAACAAAUCCAUAUGGUGAAGAUCGUACACGUACUGAAUUAAAAUGUCGUCCUAAACGAUCUAUUAUUUAUAAUACACAAUUACCAGAAGGUAUGGAAGGUGUAUCAAAAUUACAGAUGUUAGAAGAUGAAAUAAGAUAUACAGCAAGUAUGAUUGGAUUAGAAGAAAAAGUUCAAGAAAAAGAACCAAAAGUACCUGAAUUUAUUAUGCCAUUAGAAGAUGUGUCUGUUGAUGAAGGUGAUAAUGCGAAAUUUAUUGCUAAAGUUGAUGGACAUCCACGUCCAAGAGUAACAUGGACAAUUAAUAAUGCUGAUAUUGCAAAUGGAAGUCGAUAUAAAUUAGUUUUUGAUGGUCUUGUUCAUUAUCUUGAUAUACCAAGAACACGACAAUAUGAUGCUGGAAUAGUUUGUUGUACAGCGAAAAAUGCUCUUGGUCAAUCUGAAAGUGUUGCUAUACUUACUUUAAGACCACGUCUAGAUUAUCGUUCUGGUCUAUCGAAAACACCAGGUGGUAUUGAGACUGGUUUGGAUGAUUCAUUUGAUGUUGAUAUUGAAGAACGAUUAAGAUUACGUUCACAACUUCGACAAAGAGAAUCAGUUGACGAACGAUUACGUCGUCCGUCAUCUGAUAAACUAUAUCCAUUACAUUCAAAAGCUACCGAUCGUAUGGCAUGGCGUCAAACUGUCGAAAAAGCUGGUGAUGCACCAAACUUUACAAGAUCAUUAUUACCAUUAAAAGCGAAAGAGGGAUCAAAAGUAGUUGUUAGUGUUGAAUUUACUGGUGAUCCAGCUCCCACAGUAUCAUGGUAUCGUGAUGGAUUUAUGGUUGAAGAUUCUGAAGAUUUUAAAAUUCAUACAACAGCUACAAAGAGUAUACUUACAAUUAAACAUGCUUUUAUUAUUGAUUCAGGUUUAUAUACCGUUAAAUUAUUUAAUCCAAUUGGUAUUCGACAAUGUCAAGCUGCUAUACGUAUUCUACCAAUUAUUGCUGAAGAUCAAACACCAAGAUUUCUUGAUGUUCCACAAGAUACUGAAAUUCUUGCCGGUGAUCCAGCUCGUUUUCAAUGUCGUGCUGAAGGUGAACCAUUUCCAACAGUUGCCUUCUAUCGAGAAGAUGAACCAGUUAAUCUUAAUGAUAAACGUUUUCGUGUUAUACAAGAAGGUGAUGUAUUUACGUUACUUCUAUUCGAAGCUUUACCAGCUGAUAGUGGUCAAUAUGAAGCUGUUGCUGAAAAUUCAGCUGGAAAAGCUAAUACACGUUUUACAUUAAUUGUAACACCACGAGGACCUGGUGGCAAAAAAGCAUCAAUCAUUGAUGAUCCUAAAUUAAUUCAUAAAGUACCUUAUCUUGAAACACCAUUAGAAGAUUUACAAGUUAAAGAAGGACAAUCAGCGACAUUUGAAUGUAUUAUACCCGCUAGUUUUGGAUCGGAUGUUAAAUGGUACAAAGGAACAUCAGAAUGGCCAAUCAAACCAUCGAAAUUCUUUAAACCAAAGUCUGACGGAACCAAACAUCAGUUAUUUAUUCUAGAAGCAUAUCCAGAAGAUGCCGGACUCUACAAAUGUGUUGUUUCAAAUCCAGUUGGGACAACAGCUACUACAGCUUCAUUGAAAGUUAUUCAUUCAAUGCAAGUACCAGAAUUUGUUCGUGGUUUUAGUAAUUUGACUACAUAUGAAGGUGAACAAGUACGUUUUGAAGUUGAAGUACGUGGUGAUCCACUUCCGACUAUAUCAUGGUAUCGUGAUGGAGAACUUAUACGAGAUUCACCCGACUUUCAAAUCUUUACUGAUGAAAACCGUAGUUUAUUUUAUAUAUCAGAAGUAUUUAUGGAAGAUCAAGGUUUAUUUACAUGUAAAGCUUCAAAUUCAGCUGGUUCAUCGGAUUGUUCAGCUCGGCUUAUCGUUGAACCACGACCACAACUUUAA